AUGACAGCAGCAGACUGGUUGUUUUCAGUGAUUCGCUAUCGAACUCUAUUUGUCGCGAUCCCUUUGCUGGCAGGCUAUUGGUCGGCUGCCGCCGCCGAAGACGAAUUGUUCGUCGCCACCCCGCUCACCGCAGACAACUCCUUCACCACGGGGAUCGAAGGACCGGCCUGCGCUGCCGACGGUAUCAUCUACGCCGUAAAUCUUGCCGAGCAGGGCACCGUCGGCCGCAUAUCUCCAACGGGCGAAACGGAAAUCGCUUUCCGCCUGCCGGGCACCAGCGUCGGCAACGGGAUCCGCUUCGACAAACAGGGGGCGAUGUAUGUGGCAGACUACGUGAACCACAACGUGUUUCGAGUCGACCCCGCCACCGGAAAGCUCACAGUGUUUGCCCAUCACAAGGGCAUGAACCAACCUAACGACUUGACCAUCGCCGCCGAUGGCACGCUCUACGCCAGCGACCCGGCCUGGGACAAAGGCACCGGCCAGCUCUGGCGAAUCGAUAGCAAUGGCGAAGUCCGUCGCGUAGCCGCCGACAUGGGCACCACCAACGGCAUCGAACUCAGCCCCGACGGGAAGAAGCUAUUCGUCAACGAGAGCGGGCAGCGCAACAUCUGGUCAUUCGAUGUCGAGUCGAACGGCGACCUGAGCAACAAACAACAAGUCCGCAAGUUCGACGACCAUGGUUUCGACGGAAUGCGUUGUGAUGUGGAUGGCAACCUCUACGUCACCCGGCACGGGAAAGGUACCGUGGUGAAGAUCACCCCAACCGGCGAAGUCCUUCGCGAAAUCGACGUUCUUGGUGCCAAGCCCACGAAUAUCUGUUUCGGUGGGCCCGACGGUCGCACUGCCUAUGUUACCGAGGUCGACCAUGGCCGGAUCGUCUCCUUCCGAGUCGACCGCCCGGGUCAUCUCGUGCAACGACGUAACGAAGCCAGAUACAUCCACGUCUUUCUUGCCAGCUUGUUUGUUUUCUCGAGCCUUCACAAUACACACGGUGACGAGACAUCUCCCGAAGACCGCCCCAACAUCGUGUGGAUUUGGGCCGACAAUUUGGCUUACCGCGACUUGGCUUGCUACGGCAAUAAGAACGUCAAGACUCCCACGAUCGACCAACUGGCCGCCGAUGGCGUGAAGUUGACGCAGUACUACGUGGCCCACACAGUCUGCAGUCCCUCUCGGGCUGGAUUCCUCACCGGACGCCAGCCAUUUCGUACGGGUAUCGUAGAUGUGCUGCGGCCGGACGGCCCGUCGGGAUUGCCCGACGAUGAGAUCACGAUUGCCGAACUCCUUCACGAUCAGGGCUAUGCCACGCUGGCCGUCGGCAAGUGGCAUCUCGGCGAUCAGGUCGAAUACCUCCCCACCCGCCACGGCUUCGACCAUUAUUUCGGCCUGCCUUACAGCAUGGACAUGCUUCCCACCGUGUUGUAUCAGGACGAAGAGAUUAUCGAGCGGCUCCCCGGCGACCGCGUGGGCAACAUCACCGAGCGCCUCGUCCAUCGGGCCGUGGAGUUCAUCGACAGCAAUCGCGAGAAGCCGUUUUUCAUCUACUUCAACCACACGCUACCCCAUCCCCCCAUCAAUUUACCUGAGGGUGCUCAGCGGGAAGGGCUCACCACCUAUGAAGCUGCCAUCGAACAUCUCGAUCGGCAGACGGCCGAAAUCCUCAACGUCAUCGACGAGGCUGGGCUUCGCGAUCGGACCCUCGUCGUGUUCACCAGCGACAACGGACCGAUGAGUGUCGGCGGGGAUACUGGCGGAUUGCGAGGACGAAUCCGAGAAUCGUACGAGGGCGGAGUUCGGGUCCCGCUUGUCGCCCGCUGGCCGGGCAAGAUUCCUGCCGGCACGGUGGUUGACACCCCGUGUAUCGCCAUGGAUUUCUUCCCCACCUUCGCGGGCUUGGCGGGAGCGGACCUGCCUGACGACCGAGUUUACGACGGACAAGAUAUCUGGCCCGUUCUCGCAGAGGAGGACAGCAUUGAAAGAAAGACACCGUUCUACUGGGUGCAAACCGACAAUGUCACCGCCACCCGCGACGGGAAAUGGAAACUUCACGUCGGCCAUCGCACACAGAAUCUGUCGGAGCCCGAACUCUACAAUGUGACCAGCGACCCGGCCGAGGAGCACAAUCUGGCCGCCGAACAUCCAGAAGUCGUAGGCCGCCUCCGCCGUCAGAUCGCUGAGUUCCAAGAAGAGGUCCCAAAAGCCUGGACCCUGGUCUAUCCCGUUCGCGACCCCGCCAAGCGCCCCAGCGGAGUUCGUCGCGAGUAG